UACUUUCGGCCUUCUUAAAUCACUAUAUAACACGUAGACAUCGCAUUGUUUGUAUCAUUCAGUGCAGCACUAGCUCAGUGAAAACAAUCAAAAUGUUCAAGUCAAUCAUCGUAUUCGCCUGCAUGUUGGUGGCAGCUAUCGCUGACCCCAAGCCUGGUGUGCUGUACAGCGCGGCCUACACAGCGCCAGUAGCUGCGGCGUACACCGCUCCCGUGGUGUCGGCCGCCUACACCGCGCCCCUCGCCUACUCCGCGUACUCCGCACCCAUCGCCGCGUACUCCGCCUACCCCUACGCCUCACCCUACGCUGCCUACUACCUGCGCAAAUGAACCACAACCGACCGAUAUGAACAAACAAAAUGAAUAAAAUAUA